UGGACUUGCUGUGCCCCUGUGUCCUCAACACCCCUCCUUGUUCCAAACCAGCCCAGGGCUCCCCGCCCCCUGGCCUGGGGUUUUUCCCUCUCAAACACGGGGAGUCACCAGCCGACAGUGGCCUGCUUGGGGUGGGGUGGGGAGGAGGCUCGGGCAGGUGCCCUCUCCAGCCAGAGCAUGGGGCAGGGCAAGCGACAGUCAGUGUGGCCUCCUCCUCCAGGCCAUCAAGGACGCAGAGGCCCAGGUGGGCAGGCUGCGGCAGGAGGCCCAGAAGGCCGAGGAGGCACUGGCUAUGGCCAGGCUGGAGCUGUGGGAGCAGACGCAGGAGGGUGGGCCUGGCGUGGGGCGCCGGCUGGGGGCUGGGAGAUGCGGCCCGGGGCGGGGUCCGGCGUUGGGCUUGCCUGUCAGCUGCACUCUGCUACCCCGACGGGAAGAAGAGGCGCCCGGGCUGAAGUGCCAGGUCACCGAGCUGCACGACGUGCUGAUGAAAGACGUAGGCAGCCACAUCCGUGCCGAUGGCCGGUGGCCUCUUGUCAUUGACCCUUCGGGCCAGGUGGCCACCUUCCUGCGCUACCAGGACACCAACUAUGUGGACAUGGCAAACCCGGAGCACCUGAGGCCGGAGAGGAUGCGGCUGGCUCUGCUGGGGGCUCUGCGGUGAGGCAGGCAGGGUGUCAGGUACACCCCACCCCACCUCCCCAGCCCCACCCUGGCCUCACCAGCCUCAUGGGGCAGGUAUGGGAAGCCACUGGUGUUCGACCUGAGAGAGGUAGACCUGUUUCCAGUCGUGCAGCGGCAGCUGGAGGUGGUGCAGCCUGGCCUGGCGUAGGCGCCGCUGAGCCGCGCAGGAGAGGUACCUGUUGCUGCUGCCGCCCACGGGUGGGCCUGAGUAUAGCCCCACGCAGUUCCAGGAGCAGUGGCUGGAGCACUUCUGCCUCUUUCGUCACCAAGGUCCAGUGGCCGCCAGCUAAGCAGCUGCAGGUGCUGCUCCCAGUGCGUGUGCAGCUGCCAGGCACAGGCCUCUAGUGCUGGCCCCAAUCCCAAUAAAACCUGUGCCCCGGGG